CACAUGUGAAACGACGCCGUAUAGUCUCAAGUACAGUAUCCCAUUUCAUUCCAGAUCGAGGGUUUAAGCUACAUCUCACCUCAUCUCGUCUUCGUCUACCUCUAAACCCUAACCUCCGCCAUGUCUCUCCGUCACCUCCUUCGCCGUUCCUCCCCUUUACUACACCGUCUCUCUUCAUCCCCAAUUGCGAUCUCACACAUCCAGCAACGCCUCUACACCAUCUCAAUCUCCCCACCCAACGAAUCUCCAGACACAACCAAUCAAGAUUCCCCUCCGAUCACCUUCCCACAGUCCCCUCUCCGAACCACAUCCUUCUCAUCAGCCGAAGAAGCCGCCGCCGAGCGCCGCCGCCGCAAACGCCGCCUCCGCAUCGAACCCCCACUCCACGCCCUCCGCCGCGACCCCUCAUCCCCUCCCCCGAAACGCGACCCCAACGCCCCGCGUCUCCCGGACUCAACCUCCUCCCUCGUCGGCGCGCGUCUCAACCUCCACAACAGAGUCCAAUCCCUAAUCCGAGCCUCCGACCUCGACGCCGCCUCCAAACUCGCUCGCCAGUCCGUCUACUCCAGCACCCGCCCCACCGUCUUCACCUGCAACGCCAUCGUCGCCGCCAUGUACAGAUCCAAGCGCUACGCCGACUCGAUCUCCCUCUUCGAGUACUUCUUCAAGCAGUCCAACAUCGUCCCCAACGUCGUCUCCUACAACCAGAUCAUCAACGCUCACUGCGACGAGGGACACGUGGAGGAGGCUCUCGAGGUGUACCGUUACAUACUGGCUAACUCUCCUUUCGCUCCUUCGUCGGUUACGUAUAGGCAUUUGACGAAAGGGUUGGUUCAAGCUGGGAGGAUCGGGGAGGCUGUUAGCUUGGUUAGGGAGAUGUUGAGCAAAGGCCAAGCUGCUGAUUCGGUUGUGUAUAGUAAUGUUAUAAGAGGUUACUUGGAUCUUGGGGAUUUAGAUAAGGCUAAUGAGUUUUUCGAUGAGUUGAAGAGUAAGUGUACUGUUUACGAUGGGAUUGUGCAUGGGACGUUUAUGGAGUAUUGGUUUGAGAAAGGGAAUGAUAAGGAGGGUAUGGAGUCUUACAGGUCUUUGUUGGAUAAGAAGUUUAGAAUGCAUCCGCAUACUGGGAAUGCGCUUCUUGAAGUUUUCUUAAAGUAUGGUAAAAAGAGUGAGGCUUGGGGUUUGUUUAAUGAGAUGUUGGAUAAUCACACGCCUCCUAAUAUUCUGUCUGUGAACUCGGAGACGAUUAGUAUAAUGGUGAACGAGUGUUUCAAGAUGGGGGAGUUUAAUGAAGCGAUCGAGACGUUUAAGAAAGUUGGGAGGAAUCCCACUUCGAGGCCGUUUGUGAUGGAUUAUUUGGGUUACAGUAACAUAGUGACGAGGUUCUGUGAGCACGGGAUGUUACCGGAGGCUGAAAGGUUCUUUGCGGAGAGUGUGGGUAAGUCUUUGCCUCCUGAUGCUCCGAGCCACAGAGCGAUGAUUGAUGCUUAUCUCAAGGCGGAGAGGGUUGAGGAUGCUGUCAAGAUGUUGAAUAGGAUGGUGGAUGUGAAUCUGAGGGUGGUUGCUGAGUUUGGUACGAGGGUGUUUGGUGAGCUGAUUAGGAAUGGGAAGGUCAAGGAAUCUGCGGAGGUUUUGAGUAAGAUGGGAGAGAGGGAGCCGAAACCAGAUCCUUCGGUUUACGAUGUGGUGGUUAGAGGUCUUUGUGAGGGGGAUGCACUUGACCAAGCCAAGGAUAUAGUUGGUCAGAUGGUUGGAUAUGGUGUUGGGGUUACUCCUGUGCUGAGGGAGUUUUUAAUAGAGACUUUUGAGAAAGCAGGACGUCGUGAGGAGAUUGAGAAAACCUUGAACACGGUUAACCGUCCGGUUAGAAACUCUGGCCAAUCUGGUUACACUGCACCUAGGGUGCCUGGAGUGUUGGGAGCCACAUCUGCAGCUCCUCAGCAACCUAGAGACAGGGCGCCAUGGACGAGCCAUGGGACAAGCCUUCCAAAUUCAGGUGGGGCCAAUGGAACUGCAGGUCAAACAUCAGGAGGAACUUACAAGGCUAAUAAUAGCCAGAAUACGUCUUGGUCCAACACCUCUGUUAACCAGCAGCAAAAACCAUGGUCUAAUCAGACGCCAGUGCAACCGUCACCAUCAUGGUCGAGUCAAGGACCAGGAUAUCAACAGCAGCAAUCUUGGUCUCAGCAACCAGGUUGGUCAAGUCCUUCAGGUCAUCAGCAAUCAUGGGCUACUCAGACAACUGGGCAGCAGCAACAAUGGGCUAAUCAGACGCCUAGCCAGCAGCAACAGUGGUCUAAUCAGAACACUGGUCAUCAGCAAUCAUGGGCUAACCAGACAACUGGCCAGCAUCAACAGUGGACUAAUCAAAACACCGGCCAUCAGCAAUAUCAGAACACUGGCCAUCAUCAGCAACCGUGGGGUAAUCAGACGCCUGGACAGCAGCAACAGUGGACUAAUCAGACAGCUGGCCAGCAUUCAGCGUGGACAGGGCAGCAGCAACCGUGGUCUAAUCAGACAGCUACCCCUCAGCAGUCCCAGUGGUCGAAUCCCUCGUCAGGACAGGUAGCUAAUCAAGCACCAUGGUCAAACUCUGGGAAUAGUCACUUUCCUCAACAACAGGAGCCAGAGUCCUCUCAUGGGUGGCAAGAUGGAGAAGAGAAAAAGGUAGUUGAAUCGAGCAAGUAGUUCCACAACUUGGCUUAUAUUCCUUCUACCCAUCUUCUUUGUGACUUGCUAAUUAUAGUCAUUUGCCUUUUAGCUUUGUGGGUCGCAGUUUUUGCAAACUAUUUAUUAAAAAUCAACAUCACAAUAUAAUACGUUCUUCUGAUC